UCCAUUGCGAGUCCUCCUUCUGGAUGCCUGGAUCUAUCGCCAUUACUCGUCUACGAAAGCUCCUAGCUACUCAAUUCGCAGCAAACAAUUUUGUCGAAUAUACUCUACUAUCUUAUACCGAAUUUUACUUGGUUUUUAAUAUUUAUCAUGGCCCCGUUCCACUCACACUGCAAGCAGAUUGCUUACUCGGACGGCAUCGAGGAAAGCUACAAUGACAACUUCACCACCACUUGUUUCUCCCACGGGGCAGCGCCAAUGACAAAUACCUUAGCGAGCUCAAAAAAGGAAGAAUGGCGCUGGAAAUGCUGCAAUUGCAACCCUGGCACUAACAACUCAUACUUGUUCGAUGAGUGUUGCACCGAAUGUUCACAUAGGAGAUGUGAUAGCUGCGAGAUUUGGACCGUGAAAUAGAUGCCUAAGCUAGGUAUUAAGCAUGGCGGGCAUUCAUGGGAGGCGCGGGGGUUUUCGCUUUUUCUUUUUCGGGAGGCUCCGGACUGAGAACAUACACUUCGGCAUCUCCGUCUCU